AUGGUGGUGGUGAAUCUCCCGUUUCGGCUUUACGCCAGCACUUACAGCGAGUUUGAGUCCCUGGUUGGUGUGGACAAGAGCGUUCCAUGCCACAUCGCUUUGGCCUUCGCCAGAGACUACGACAGUCGCGGCAAUCCCACGGCCGGAGAAUUCCAUCCCUAUUUCAAUAUUACUGACAUCACUCCCGAUGAUAUCCUCAAAUUCAAACAGACGAAGGAGCAUGCCAAGUUCUUCUUGAGCAUUGGAGGGUGGAGUGAGAAGUAUCCCUUCAAUCUUCCCACAGGCGAGUGGGUUCCUAGAGCCGUCGACUCCCUCAAAGAGAUCAUCCGAAGCUACCAUUUCGACGGCGUCGAUGUUUACUACCAACACAUAGAUGCCAGCCUAGAUCCUAAUCAGUUUGUGGAGGCCUGGCAGGAGACGACUAGGAGGCUGCAGGAUGAUAUCCCCAGCCUGGAGACCCACUCUGUCUCAAGUCUCGUUCCCUCUGUCAAACAACUCGUGGAGAAAUUCAAAGCUUUACGUUAUCCGAGAGUUAAACUCUUUGCCGGCCAUAGCAUCCUGAAAGCCGACUGGCAACCCGUCCCGUUGCCCGUCUUUCUUGAGGCCAUUCCCGCCCUCAUCAGCGAAGGCCUCAUUUCUGGCCUGUCCCAGUGGGCGGCCAUCGGCGGCGGCGACCCUGUCAACUGUGACGACAACUGA